AUGGUUUCUAGUACUUCUGUGACGGCCAUGUCUAGUUCAUCAUCAGAUGAUCAAGAACAGAGAACAAUCCUUGAUUCUCUAAUGGUUUUCUCUAAUAUUACUAAUACAUCUUCCCCUGCUCGCCUAACCCUUUGGCGUCAAUCCUUACUCUUUAAUGGAAAUGGUUACACAGUCUACGAUGAUUUGGGUGGUAGUUUAGUUUUCCGAGUUGAUAACUAUGCCUGUAACCGGAAGCAGGAGAUGUUCCUUAUGGAUUUCGCCGGCCAUGUCUUGUUUACAAUUUGCCGCCGUAGCCGCUGUCACCGAAAGGUAAUAUUGGAGGGUUGGGAAGCAUUUAAGGGUGAUAAAGAGGAAGGAAGAUAUGGUACUGGUCUUCAUAAGCCUUUCAUGGUAGCAAAAAAGGCUUUCAACAACCCUUGUUGCAGUAUAACAGUAGUCACCGGCGAUAAGUACCUAAUUAAGUGGUCAGGUCGAGAGGGAUGGUCAAAGAUCUUCCCGGCGGCAGCAACAGCAGCAGCUACAUUACCAAUAGCCCAGAUUAGCAGGAAAUUUGGGACUGCACCGGAAUCUUCUUCGCUGGGAAAAGAUGUCUUUAGCUUGAGUGUACAGCCAGGGGUUGAUCAUGCUAUAGUAAUGGCAAUGGUUAUGAUCAGUGAUGCUAUGAGAUGAGUUUCUGGCCUGUACCGAAAAUGU